UGCUGUCACUUUGUCAGUUGCGAUUUUUUGUUGAAUAUAUUUUGUCACCGAGAGUUGACGCCUUAUUACAAUUUUAUAGCUGUUAUUAAAGAGAUCAAUUUAAGGAAAUCAAUAUACAGCAACCAUGGAGAUAGCUCAUAAUUUUAUGGGUACAGGAGCUACCAAUACCAUGCUGCGAAUCAAUGAAAAUGGAAAUGUUGUUGGAACUAUAAUAGUUAACUGCGAAGGUUUUCCUGAAACUACAACCCUGGAUAGCUUGACAGCUGCCACUUACUCCAACCAUAUGAGAAACCUAUCCCACCACGCAUCGAAUGCUCUCAAGGAAAUUGAUGUAACUGAUGAACUGGUAGUCUUACGGCUGGUCUCCAGAAAAACUGAGGCCGUUGUCGCUCCUGAUGAAGAGUUCCACCUCAUAGUGGUCAUGAGAAGACAUUAAACUUUCCCAGAAACUUCCAUUCAUUACUUCAAAUAAAAUUUGGUCAUAUGACACACGUAAGUGUCGUCAAAAUCUAAUGUUAAUGUAACUUUAAAUCAGUGAAAUAUUGUCUUGUUAUUGUUUAAAUGUAUUAAUGCCUGUUUAUCUAGGUUAUUAGCAUUAUAAAUAUUAUUUAUAACCAA